AGUAAAGGGGAAAUAACUAUAUUCUCCCUGUGACACCUCCCUCUGUGACGUCACUGGGAUGGCCCACACACUCCCCCUCCCCUUCUGUGAAAUUCCAGUACAUAAAAGUGGGAGGAGAAAAAAGAAACAAAACCCAAGGAGCAGCCAAUCAAAUGGUCGGAAGGGGAUGACGUAGGCAACGGAUUGGGUGGGGCACUGGCCAAGGAGGAACUGCAGAACUUUUUCCUGCUGGGAAGGGAAAAGGAAAGCGGGCAGAUGGAGGGGGACAGGCUAUCGGUGCCCCAAAACCCGGAGGACCAGUCUCAACGGAGCAGCAUCUCCUCAGCCGGACCCCGAAAUCAUGACGUCCUGGUAUACCUCGUCGAUGACACGGUAGUGCGCUUAACGGUGGACAACCUCUCCUCCGUCACGGCACAGGAGUUGCACCGCAUAGUGUCGGAAACCUUGCAGCUCCCAGAGGAUGCGCAGGAGAUCUUUGCCCUGUGGCUGGUCUCUCCCGUUCUUGAGCUGCAGCUGAAGCCAAAGCACCAGCCGUACAAACUCUGUCGUCAAUGGCAGGACCUCCUGUUCCGCUUCACUAGCUGCUCUGCGGAUGACAUCCUCGAAGACGAGCCAUCUCUCCAGUUCCGACGGGAUAUCUUUUUCCCAAAAAGGAAAGAAGUGCAGAUCCAAGAUGAGGACGUCCUGCGGCUCUUGUUCGAAGAGGCCAAGUACAACAUCCUGGAAGGGCGCUACCCGUGGGAUUUGUCUGACUGCGAAGAGCUGGGGGCCUUGAUCUGCCGCAUCAACCUGGGCCCCUUCGACCCCAAGCAGCACACGGCCUGCUUCUUAAAAGAGCGGCUGGACUCCUUCUUGCCUUCCCAUCUUUGCCGACGGGGCCACGGCCUCCUCUCCGCUCUUUGGAAACGUGGGGCCACUCGACUGCCUGCCGACGAACAGGGCCUUCUUCGAGCUUUCCAAAGGGUUCCAGAGGAAGACAGUGCUUGCGAAGACCGUGCCGCAUUGCGCCAGCUCUACCGGGCCUAUUUGCAGAAAUGCCACCUCCUGCCUUACUAUGGGUGUGCCUUUUUCUCUGGGGAAAUUGACAAGCCGGCCCAAGGCCUCCUUCAUCGGGGUGGACGCAAAGCCGUAACUGUUGCUAUCAGCUUGGAAGGCGUCUACAUCAUCGACAGCAAAGAAAAGCACGUCUUGCUGGGCCUGCGGUUCCAGGAACUCUCUUGGGAUCACACCUUUCCAAGCGAAGAGGAGCACAUUUUGUGGCUGGAGUUUGAUGGGGAGAAUGAAGGCACGCCGGUCAACAAGCUGCUCAAGGUCUACUCAAAGCAGGCUGAACUCAUGAGCAGUUUGAUCGAGUAUUGUAUCGAGCUGAACUCAUCUCUGGAGGGGCAGGAUCCGGAAUCUGCUCCCCGGGAAGCCCCUCCCUCCUCUGAAGCCCGGAACCCCCCCUUUGACCGGCGGACUCACAAACUGCAGCGGCAGAACAGCGUGAUUUGCAGCCGCAUCCAGCACCUUGCAACCAUUGACUACGUUGAGGAGGGGAAAGAGAUCAAGAGGGUGAAACCCCGCCGGACCACCUCCUUCUUCGGCCGCCAGCUUUCCAAUGCACCCACUUCCUAUUCGGCUGUUCGAGCUGCCGAAAACUUAGAACAAGGUUGACAUCCUUUUGGACCGGGGAUGAUGGGACCAAGCAUCUUCGCUUUGGGAUAAAGACUGAAUUGCCAGCACGUUGAUCGUCUCUCUUUCUUUCUCUCUGCCGGAGUUCCAUCAAAUCAUCUCAAGUCGGCUGGCAUAUUAUGAAGUUUGAAGGGGGAAAACUCCCCCAAAACGUUAUCAUUUUGGCCCAAACCUGGGUCACUCUUACAUGCCUUAUUAUGUUUUGUGGAGAUCCUGGAAAUGACUGAACAUCCCUUUGCUGGCCGUAUUUACACUACGUUGUCUUAUUCUUGGAGGAAGGUGGAACCAUUGUGAUGCUUGCCCUGAGUCGCAAAAUAGACUCAGGUCUAUGGCUCAACGUAGCAUUAGGUCCACAGGCAAGUUGUACACUACUCUGAGACAUUGGUUCGGAAACUUAGAGAGAAAAAGUCUAAAAGGGUCUGUGGAUUUGGGGGAAUCACAAGGUUGGCUAGGAUUCUUCCAAAAGUCUUAAAAAGGGGAGAGGGCAUUGCGUUAAGACUUGAUUUUGAAGCAGAAACUUUGGGGAAACUGCUCCAUUCUGGAUAUUUAUAUCCCAACCAUCUAUCUUUCUAUAUUAUAAAAGUGAAACUGUUUGUUUGUUUGUAAUGAUUGGGAUGGCUCCUACAUUGCUUGAUUUAGUUGCACCAAACAUGGUACCCAGACACAUCAUGACUCAAUUUAAAACACUUGCAGGAUUUAGGGGGGGGGGGGGAUUGUCAGAGAAUGGUGGGAGUUGUAGUCCACACUUUCCGGAGAGAUGUCUAAAUUCCAACAACAACACAGACUCAUUGCAACCAACAUAAAAUAUUGGUGGAGUUUGCAGGGCAAAGACGAAGGAUUAUGCGAGUUGGAGUCCACCCACAUCCAGAAAUGGAUCCAAACCAAACUUAACAUACAUAUCUAUCACGAUCAGCAUAAAAUACCAGUUGAUUCUGGGGACAUUGACAGGGGAUGGUGGGAAUUGUACUUCACUCACAUCCAACAAGCCAUGGGAUUUCUAAUGGGACCAUUCAUAACAUUCAAAACCAAUCCACGACUAUUUCUAAAAUUUAUCAUUACAUUAUCAUAAUAUUAAUAUAUAAGAAGGAGCGUCUGAUGUCUGUGUGUAUUGAAAAUGGCAAGUGGAUGCUUCAUCCCUCUUGGUUUGGAAGUGCCUUUUCCCCUUUUGUUGUGCCCCAAAUUAACACUAUGCCAGGUUUCUUUUGCUAAUCACCAUUUUCAACAUGUAUAUAAUGCCUACUGGUUUUCUUUAAUUCCUUACAAUGGGUUUGUUUGCACUUUUCAUUGCAAUAAAGGCCUUGGAUCAGA